AUGGCGAGUCACGACCCUGAAGCACGCCUGUCGCACCUGCAGAGCGCAGACGGCUCUGCGACGUUCUCCCACGCUGGCUACACCGUGGUUGGCGCUGUCAAUGGCCCGAUCGAGGUGCAGAGACGGGACGAACUGCCUGAGGAGGCCGUCGUCGACGUGAUCGUACGACCCGCCGCAGGGGUUGGAGGAACCAGAGAACGACAUCUCGAAUCUCUGCUGCAGUCAACCCUCCGCCAAAUCAUUCUCAUCAACAACUUCCCACGUACCUUGAUCCAGGUCACCCUGCAGGUGACCGUGUCCCCGGAAAACGAAUAUGUAAACGCCAAGCUUUCUCAGGCCGCUACGAACCUCCCCAUCCUGCCUACCCUGAUCCAGACUGCAUUGCUUGCACUGCUCUCAGCAGCUAUCCCCCUGACAGCUACUGUAACGGCGGCAGUCCUUGCCAUUGUGGCCGAUGAUGGAGCGAGCAGAAUCAUUGUAGACCCCACGGCGCGGGAGAUUCAGGUUUCACGGUCGCUGCAUGUCUUUGCCUUCACUUCUCGUGACGAACUUCUGCUCAACGAGAGCGAAGGCGAAUUUACCAUGCAGGAAUGGGACAAUGCUUUUGCAACCGCUCAGCGCCAAUGUUGUCCGGCUCCUACGUCGGAUGAUGUCGACAUGGAAGGCGGCUCUCAAGCUGAUCUGAAGAACUUCACUCGCUCGACCUUGGAAACGAAGACUGCCUCUGAUUUGUAUUGGAAGUAG